AUGAAUCAAGACGAUAAAAGUAAGAUUAUACAAAAUCUCACCUAUUUGAAAGAAAGACUGCUUGAUUUGGACCCUAUAAUCGACCAAUUGAUAGAAAAUGGUGUCUUCCGAUUUGACCACAGGGCACAAAUCGAACAGAUCUCCAAACCGACACCACACAGGCAGUUUAACGAGUUUAUAAAGUUGCUGACGUCUUCUGCGAACAGGGAGGCUUACAACACGUUUAUCGAUGCUCUCAAGAAUGCGGGAUAUAUUCCAAUUGCACAGAAACUCCAGAAAACCACACCGAAAGAAGUGAAACAUUCUUCAUUUGUUGUAGUAUUGGUCCGGUCUUCCAGUCGCUUGGCAAAUAGGAUCAGUUCUGCCUCUACUUCGGUAGGAAGGAAAUCGGCUCCUGUACAUGAACCAGUAGUUCCAGUGCAGGUUGCUGCCCCAGAAGACGCGGGGGCCUCCAGUGUAUCUGGCGCUCGGUCUGAUGGUUGUACGGACUGUUCUAACACUGUGAAGGCUGUACUGGAGGCUUUCGGCAAGAACCAGGAACAGGUCCUGGAAAAUAUAGAACGGCAACGCAGAGAGGACAUACAACAGCUUGAGAAACAAAGGCAAAAGGACAAACAAGAAUACCAACAGCAAGUGCUGCAUCUGUUUGGGAAAUGGCAAGCUGAAAAACAUGACAUCGUUAAACAUACAGAAGCAUCACUGGAAAAACUUCAGGAAGAAAUAGAUGUUAUGAGGAAAGUGAAUGUCGAAUAUAGUUUUCUUAAGGAACAGUAUGAUUAUCUAAGGGAAAAACAACAAGGUAUGAGGGAGAAAGACAAUGAACGGCGAGAAAGACUUCUGCAACUCACAAAGGAAAAGGAAGAAGCCAAGCGGGAGAAUCAAAAGUUGGAAACCAAGAUAGAGCACUUGGAGACCAAACUCCAAAUGAGCGAAGACACACGCGAAGAUCUUGAAAACAAACAAUAUGAAUGUACUAGAAAUAUCGAGCGUCUGGAAUCAGAGAAGGACGAUCUGCUGGCACAGUUACGUGAGAAAGAACAAGAAAACAAGUCUUUACGUGAACGUGUGGAGGAGCAGUAUGUACAGAUUACCGAUCUGCUGCAGAAACAGCGAGAACAUGACGACAGACAUGAAGAUCCAGAGUUCUCUCAAACAGUCGAGCAACAAAUGAGGAAGCUCGAUAUGAUUUACGGAAUGAUGCAAACCAUCUCGAAGGAGAAGACAACUGUACCCCAGGGAAAACUUGAGUGCCGACCAAAGAAAAUGGUUCUUGGUCCGGCCACAUCGAAGGCUUCAUUUGCAGAUAGGAGGAAAAUGAGGACGGACAGGUUUGAUUCAUAAACACUUACAGGAAAGCGAGUUUGACAUUAGUAACUAUUGUACCAAAGGACAACUCAGUUUGAUAACGGUAAACGUUUGUACCAAAGGACAACUCAGUUUGAUAACGGUAAACGUUUGUACCAAAAGACAACUCAGUUUGAUAACGGUGAUAUUUGUACCAAAGAACAUCUCAUUUUGAUACCGGUAAGCAUUUGUACCAAAGAACAACUCAUUUUGAUACCGGUAAACAUUUGAACUAUAGACAAAUAGUUUUCUACCGAAUAAACCUUUGUGCUGACAGAAUACCCAGUUUGGUACCGGGUAUAUAUUUGUACUAAAGAAAAAUCCACACAACGAAAGAAGUGCUACAUUGUGAGGAACCAUGUCACCAGCAUUCUGCUAUUAAUAACAUCAACCUUUUUACUAGAUAGUGUUAUUAUUCUCUGCCGAAUUUUUGUUGAAGUUAAAUGGAAUAACUUUAUGACGGGAAAAUACAAACAAAAUAAUUAAUAUAUUGGUCUUUAGUAGUCCUGGGAUGACUUGAUUUGCCUUUAUGGCAGACUGCCACAUGUCAUGUUUAGUAACUCAUUGGCACGCGUCCAUUUCAGGCUUCGAAUAUCAUUCUUUUCCCUGUAAUUUUACAAAGUGUACAGUGCGUGUAUAUGAUAUGCCUAUGUUAUGUUACGAUAUGUUAUUUUGAUUGAAAUUAUUGUGUAAUGUUUAAUUUA